AUGAACUAAGAAUUAGAAAUGAUAUAAAAAAAAAGAGAGAUGUUUAGAGUUUAAAUUAGAAGAAAAUAAAAUGAACAUAUAUUCUAAUAAAAGCGCUAAUUCUUAAAAGAAACAUCAAAUUCAUAAGAUUGGUAAACACCUCUUGAUUAAAUAUUUCAAUAAGCUAUCUAAUCUAAUAUCAUUACUACUCAUUAAUAAACAUUACAACUUCUAUUUUCUAAUUUAACAAACAUGUUAAAAAAUGAUUAUUCAAUUAAAUCAGAUUUAAAGUCAUUCUUAUCCUUUAUGUUUUUCAAUUUAUAAUAUUUGUAAUUAAAUGAAUCAUAAAAUUGGAUUACGAUUGACCUUUUAGAUAUUAUUAUCAUUUGCCUAUAAGAUAUCUAAUAAACUUUUUAAGAUUCGGAAGAAAAUGAGAAUAUACUCAAUUUUGAUCAAAAACUCAUUGAAUUAUUAAAUAAUAUUCUCAUAUUCAUAGCAUCAUUAUCAAGUUAAAUAAAUAUGAGUUAAUAAUCAGUUUAAAUUUAAUAAAUAGUUUUAUUUAUCAUCAAUAUUUUACAUUAUUUACAUGAUUUAAAUUAAUUUGAAAUUGUAUGUAAACUGAUCAUAAAUAUAAUCUUAGAAAGAUCAGAACAAUAUAUUACUUUAAUUUAAGAAAGUGUUUUUCCUCAAAUUAUAUUACAUAAAUAUGAAGAUUUAAGUCUUUAGCAAAAUUAUAGAGUUCUAUACUAAAUUUAUUUAUAUUUUGGAUAAAUCACUGGAAUAUGCCCUUUAAAAUAUGGUACUUAAUUAUUUUAAGAGACAUUUGAAUUGUAAACAGUUAUAAAAUGUCAACCAACAAACAUAGAUUAAAAUUAUUAUAGUUGUGUUGAAUAAUAUUUUUAUUUUCUCUAAAAUAUCACUUAAAAUAUAGAAGAGAAUAAACCAAGAACUUAUCAAUUGUUUAAUAUUUUGAUCGAUUAAGAGAUUGUAGCAAAAGUAGCUAAUUAUUUAUUGUAACUUAGAUAUGAGUUUUAGAUUAUACAUGGAUAUGGAUAUUAGUUUUUAAUUAAUUUGAGUAUGAUUUAAUCAUCUUACUCAAUGGAGAAGUUGAUUAGUCAAAAUGUUUUCAAAUUAGUGUUAUUUUAAAUUAAUGAUCAAAUAAAUUUAUAAUAUUUAAUAUAUCCUUUGUUAUCAAAUUUAUUGACAACAAACAAAUAAUAAACAAAAUAGAUGAUUUUUGAUUCAGGCAUUUUAGGUAAAGUGUAUGUAGGAUUUCAAACUGCUUUAAAUGGUAAUUCGCAACAUGGAUGCUUAGAAAUAAUUUAAUGUAUUGUAAAUAUGUUCUAGAAUAUCACUCUAUUAUAAUAAUAGUAAUUAAUUUAAAAAGGAAUGUUAGAAUGUUUAUUAGAAUACAUAAUAUAAUUAGAAUUAGAUUAAUUAGAUAUGAAGACAGUUGAAGAAAUAUAUGGAACAUUAAAUGAAUAGAAUUAAAUAAAUCCAUAAUUAAAAUUUAAUGAAUAGUUCAAGAAUAAAUCUAAGAUGAUAUAUGAAAAUUUAGAUGAUGAUUGCGAUAUAGUAUUUUUUAUUAAUAAUAUAAUAAAUAUUACUGAUUGA